AAACUCUAUUUAGCUCGAGAUCCCGCCGUUUCACUCUCUCUCCCUCUCUCUCUCUCCGUCAUCGUCUUCUUCAUUUCAUAGUGACACGAAUCUGCAGGUGGUAGUCUUACUAGACCGCCUUAUAAGCUCCGGUUAGAUCUGGCCGUAGGAUGGCUUACAUGUGCACUGACAGUGGCAAUCUAAUGGCGAUAGCUCAUCAGGUGAUCAAACAAAAGCAGCAACAAGAACAGCAACAGCAGCAGCCUCCAGACCAUCAGAUCUUUGGUAUCAACCCUCUGUCCCUCAACCCCUGGCCUACACCGAACACCCAGUCGCUCGGGUUUGGGCUCUCCGGUUCGGGUUUUCCCGACCCGUUUCAGGUUACCGGCGGCGGAGAUCCCGGCGAUUCAGCGUUUCCGUUUCACAGCUUAGACCAUCACCAUCCCACCUCCGGCGGCGGUGGCGGUGGCGGUGGGUUUCGGCUCUCUGAUUUCGACGGUGGAGCUGGCGGCGAGUUCGAGUCCGACGAGUGGAUGGAGACUCUUAUUACCGGUGGAGACUCGGUUGCCGCGGAAGGUCCUCCUGAUUGUGACACGUGGCAAAAUAAUCCGGAUUUCGUAAUCUACGGUCCGGAUCCCUUCGCGGCUUACCCGAGUCGGCUCAGCGUCCCGUGUUCUCAACCGUCGGAUCUCAACCAAGUCAUCGCUACUUCCACUUCACUCCCCUCCGCCUUGUGGGCUCCCUCUUCGCCACUCUCGGUCCCUCCUCCGCUUCCAUCUUCAUCUCCGCCUCGUCAGAAAACAAAACAUCCGGAGCCUAACGACUCGGAAGAAGACGGCGGCGGCUCUCAGGACUUCGACCUAGAACCGCCUUUACUGAAAGCCAUCCACGACUGUUCACUCAUCUUAGACUCCGAGCCCCCCGAAGACGCUGCCAAGGCGCUCGUUCGGAUCCGAGAAUCCGUAUCCGAGCACGGUGAUCCGACGGAGCGAGUGGGGUUCUACUUCUCCGAAGCUCUCCGCAGCAGAUUAUCUCCCAAUUCCGUCUCGAACGAUUCGUCCCAGGCGGCGGUCGAGAAUUUAGUCAUGUCUUACAAAACCCUAAACGACGCGUGCCCCUACUUCAAAUUCGCGCAUCUGACGGCGAAUCAGGCGAUUCUCGAAGCCACGGAGCAUUCCAGCAAGAUCCACAUCGUCGAUUUCGGGAUCGUUCAAGGUAUCCAAUGGCCUGCUCUUCUCCAAGCGCUAGCGACGCGAUCUUCGGGUAAACCCGCUCGAGUCCGGAUCUCGGGCAUACCGGCUCCGUCUCUAGGCGAAUCUCCGGAGCCCUCGCUGAUCGCCACCGGGAACCGACUCGGUGAUUUCGCCAAGGUCUUGGAUCUGGAUUUUGAGUUCGUCUCGGUUCUCACUCCGAUCCACUCGCUAGACGGGUCGAGUUUCCGGGUGGAUCCGGAUGAGGUACUGGCGGUUAAUUUCAUGCUUCAGCUCUAUAAAUUACUCGAGGAGACUCCCACGGUCGUUGACACCGCGUUACGGCUCGCGAGGUCGUUGAACCCGAGGGUGGUUACUCUGGGAGAGUACGAUGUGAGUCUUAACCGGGUCUGUUUCGCUAACCGGGUGAAAAACGCGCUUCAGUUCUACUCUGCGGUUUUCGAAUCCCUCGAGCCGAAUUUGGGGCGAGAUUCGGAGGAGAGAGGGAGAGUGGAACGGGUGCUGUUCGGUCGGACGAUCUCGGGUUUGGUCGGACCGGAGAUAACCGGGAAUCAGAGGGAACGGAUGGAAGAUAAAGAACAGUGGAGGGUAUUGAUGGAGAAUGCCGGUUUUGAAUCGGUUAAGCUCAGCAAUUACGCAGUGAGCCAAGCGAAGAUUCUGUUGUGGAACUACAAUUACAGCAAUUUGUAUUCGAUUGUUGAAUCGAAGCCAGGGUUCGUCUCCUUGGCCUGGAAUGAUUUGCCUCUCCUCACUGUUUCUUCGUGGCGAUGAUAAUAGAACCGAACCAACCCGGUAUUUGUAGUGUUGUUCUGUUUCCAGUGUUGUUUUUUGGUUAAGACGAAACAAGUAUUUAAAUGUUAAUAUACGCCUUGGUUUGGUGAUCAUAGUGUUUUAGUUUCAAUGUUGAAUUAUUUUCGGGGUAGGUUUUGAUUUUUCCCGCAAGCUUAAUGUGGUUUUUAUUUGUUUUUCUUUUAACUUUGUUGGUUAUAUAAAAGUAGGUUAAAAGCUGUUUUUAGUCUUGCUGUGUACUCAACUACUUGUUUGCUCGUUUAGAUAAUGUAAGAUUUGUUUGCUU